UGUUGAGUUUGUUAUGACAAGUCGAGGCCUCGGACUAAAUUAGGAGCGAAGCCCCACGUCUCUGUACGGGCGAAGCCGCGAUGGAGGGCAUGGACCUGGACCUGGACCUGGACCAGGAGCUCAUGCAGAAAUUCAGCUGCAUGGGUACAACAGACAAAGAUAUUCUAAUAUCAGAAUUUCAGAGACUCCUUGGGUUUCAGCUUAACCCCGCCGGAUGCGCCUUCUUUCUGGACAUGACCAACUGGAAUUUACAGGCAGCCAUUGGAGCCUACUAUGACUUUGAGAGUCCCAACAUCAGUGCACCGUGCAUGUCCUUUGUGAAGGAUGUGACAAUUGGUGAGGGUGAAUCAGUUCCACCCGACACACCUUUUACAAAGACCUGGAGGAUACAGAACACGGGUCCAGAGUCGUGGCCUCCCGGGGUUUGUCUGAAGUAUGUCGGAGGAGACCAGUUUGGUCACGUAAACAUGGUGAUGGUGCGGUCUCUAGACCCCCAGGAAAUGGCUGAUGUUAGUGUACAGAUGCAGAGCCCCGUGUCUCCUGGCAUGUAUCAGGGUCAGUGGAGAAUGUGCACAGCUACAGGACUUUACUAUGGAGAUGUAAUUUGGGUGAUUCUGAGUGUGGAGGUUGGAGGCCUCCUUGGCGUCACACAGCAGCUUUCCUCCUUCCAAGCUGAGUUCAACACCCAGCCUCACCGCAGCCUGGAGGGAGACUACAAUCCCUUUGCCUCGCCAGAGAAAAGCAAGUGCCCCAACAGCAGCAACAACAACAGCCUCCAUGAUGACAGUGGUCACAGAGUCGCAGAGGAACAUUGGCAGGGAAACCCUAACCAGCUACAGCAAGAUCAGAAUGGACUUUCACACAACUCUGUGGAUAUAGUAGCAAACAGUCUACAAAGCAAUCUAUCAGUAGUCUCUUAUAACCAGGGUAUACAGGAGUCCUAUCCUUUUGGUCACUCUUAAAUCAUGGGACUUGUCACAGUGAAGCAGCACUAAACCGUACCUCUGGAGUCUGUCACACCAAUAAAAGAAAGAAGAGGCUUUAUCAGUAGCUGAUGGAAAGUGUGGAGAUUCAAAAACACUUUAUGCAAAGUCCAGCUACACUUUGAGAACCCAGAGGCCAACGCUCCUGACGUGCAGCUCAACUAACAUCCCACACCCACUGUAUGCACGUGUGAAUGCUAAGUUAAAAAUGAGUGCUAUGAGUCUUUUGAGUGAUAAUUUUUUUCAGAUUUUUUUUUUUAGUUGUCAGAGUGCAAAUGAAACAAUGACGGAGUGUAUAUUUGUGAAAUUUUGUGUAUAUGUGUGUGCAAUGCACAACCUGAAAGAGAGACUUUGGAGGAAAAGCCAUUUAUUUUGCCAACUGAUUCUCCAGUUUCUGCUGUGACUCUUAAUAUAUCGGUUUCUGAACCAGUUUCCUUGAACUAAAUUUAAUAAUAUGAAACUAUCCAUUAAAUAUCACAUUUAAAUUUCCAUCUUAAUCAUUUGGCACACACCCUUUUUUGAGAAGGGGAACAGCGACUUCCCCCAGGUUCAUUUAGUCAGUCAGUUUUUACCAAUGUUUUUCAACAUGGCUUGUGCAUCAUGGGAUAUAAUUUCUUUUCUUAUUGUAGCUGCAAUUUUAGAUGCAAUGCAAUGUUCUCCCAGUGGAGGGGGUGAGUCACUGCUCUAACAAGAAGAACACAAGAGCUGAGAAACAGAAAUCUUAGUUACAGAAUGGCUCCUAUGAUUUGGUGAAACUUAGUCCAGAUUAAUGUAUAGGAAAAAAAUUUUCUAGAGCUAGAAUUUCGAGCUACCAAUUUAAUAAUGUCUUCUGUAGUCAAACAUUAAAUUUUUGUAGCAACUCAGUGUAAAUGGAAGCCAGACUUUUAUGAAAUUGGCAUGAAAGCUCAAGGAGUCCUGCGAGACAGUGAGGUUUCUUCUCAUCCAUUAAUUAGAGUAAUUGCUGACACUUGGAAAAUACAUAUCUAUGAAAUAUUAGAAGAAUAUUAGCAGAAUAUUAAUUAUUGGUAAUAAUGAGUAUUAGAGAUUUCCCCAGUCAAUGUACUGAAUUAAAAUAAAACACAAAGUAACAGGAUUAAUGUACAUUAUCCCAUAACACAUUGAAUUUAAGCCAUAUGAACAGUGGUAAAGACAUAACUUCACAUAAUAAAAGAAUACAUAUUUAUUGUGGCCCUGCUCUGAAUUCUAAUUUUAAAGCUGUCUUGGACUUGCUUUUGUCACAUUAAGUCGAAUGUAUUUGAUGAAUGUAGUAAAGGAUAAAGGUUUUUGGAAACAUAAUAAUUUACCCAAAGGUUCUGCAUUGUAUAUUUGCAUUGAACUGGCAGUUUUGUUAGUGUGAUAAUGUUUUGCAUUGUCCCGUCUCUUGUUCAAAUUAUGCUUGGGAUGUUCCACAUUCAAGCACACAAAUGUCCUCAUUGAUCUUAGAUAAGCUUUGUAGACAUGUUGGAAAGUUUUACCCUGUUUCAGAUGCAACAUUAACCACACCAGUAAAAUUAAAAACAAAUGGCAGUAUCAUGUUUUCCUUAGGAACUAUUACUGCAUUAUUUACUUGCACUAACAGGCUGAUCUAUGCAGUAAUGUGACUUCUAUGUUAUGGUCUGUGCGUACUUAACUCCUCCACAAGUACAGUUAAGUCCUGAAGGGUUUAUCAACUCUGUGAUUUUAUCUGUCAUCCAAAGCCACUGUGUUAGACCAACUUGUCAGAUGAACACCCCUUUUAAUUGAAGCACUAACUGUAAGCCCCAGGGUUACUGAGCUGAAGAACAUGACCACCAGCCGCUACUACAACAUGUUGGAAGAAUCUUUGGGCUCUCUGCUGUUUCACAGAAUGGUGUGUAUUUCUUGUGCAAAAUGUUAAUGAUAAACGUCUCUUCCUACUGUCAGUGUCAAUUCAGGAAGUGCCGAGUGCAUUUUGUUCUUUGUGUAUUGUCUCUUUCAAGUUUCUUCUGGCCAGAUUGCAGAAUGAAUCAGUUGGCAUUAGACUCCUACAACAGCACAUUUACGAGAGUUAGUAAGUGCAAACAGAUGAAGAGGUGAAAGCUUUUUUCCUGUAUGUAUGUUUGAUGAAUGUUUGUAUGAUUAAAUUAUCACUUAAAACUGAAA